AUGCGGGCGUUAAACCACCGAAACGUUGUAAGCAUCUACGGCUUCUACGAGGAUGACCCCAAGUGUUUCUACUUCGCUCUCGAGCUCAUGAAGGGCGGAGAGCUGCUGGACCGCAUCGUCCAGAAGGUAUGUAUCGUUUUUUUUCAUCGUGACGCAUCCAGAAUGGUGUACCGCAAGGUAUAUUCGGACCGACGUCCACAAUAA